UGCCGUGCCUCACCGCGUCGCGCUCGCGUGGGCAGACUCCGGGCGCACUGGCCACCCGGCCAGCGCUGGGGUCUCCCGGGGCCUGCGCCGCCGCUCCCCGCAGGAUGCUCGCGGUCGGCAUCAGCCGGGAUGCGGGAGAGUUGGAGCGAGCUACCUGUAAGACGGCUUGAACUUUUCCUGGGGAUUCCAGUCCCUGUCCGUUAAAUUAUAUUUCGCUUCUCGUCGACUUGUGUGCUUAUUACCGAAAUAAAGGAAAUAUUUUUUCCCAGUGCCCUUAGGACGUUAUGAUUUUUCUCCUUUGCAAGACAGUUUUACAAACUGACGGAAACACAGACCUCCUCCCAGGACCUGUUGUAUUAAGGUUGUCUGGAGAAAGGGUUGGCAAAUAAGGCCUUGUCUCUGCAGUCGUCCUUCCCAACAUCUCGGAGGAGCUUCGUUUCUACCAUCUUUCUAGCAUUCAGAGAGACUUCUCCAGGGUCAUGAUCCCAAAGGCUUGACCAGUUUACAAGGAGAGAGAAGUUGUUUUCUUGAGCCCCCCAAAAUGGCAGCUAAAAUGGAGAUAACUUUGAGUUCCCAGACUCAGGCUUCCUCCAAGCAAGAGAGACACAUAAUAACAAAGCUAGAAGAGAAAAGAACAUCUACUCUGCAAAAAAACUUCCCGGAUCCUGAGCUCUCCCGACAAAGCUUCAGACGGUUCCGUUAUCAAGAGGUGACUGGACCCCAAGAGGCACUCUCCCAGCUCCGACAGCUCUGCCGGCAGUGGCUGCAGCCUGAGCUGCACACCAAGGAACAGAUUUUGGAGCUCCUGGUGAUGGAACAGUUCCUAAUCAUCCUGCCCCCGGAAAUCCAGGCUCGGGUCAGGCAUCGAUGUCCAAUGAGCAGCAAGGAGAUUGUGACCCUGGUAGAAGAUUUUCACAGAGCAUCCAAGAAACCAAAGCAGUGGGUGGCCGUUUGUAUGCAGGGACAGAAGGUGCUGUUGGAGAAAACUGGAUCUCAGAUUGGAGAACAGGAACUGCCAGACUUUCAACCACAAAUUCCUAGGAGAGAUAUCAGGGAGAGCUCUCUGGUGGAGCAUUCCCAGGAAGGACCUCAUGACCGGCUGAGCCCCCGUCACUGGGAGAAAUCCCCACUCCCCCAGGAACCAGCUCCCAUAUUGACUGGGACAGAGGCCCCCAAAAUAAGGAGUGACAACAAGGAAAAUCCACAACAGGAAGGAGCUAAAGGAGCAAAGCCAUGUGCAGUGUCAACUGGCAGAUCCAAAGGGAAUGGUCUGCAGAGCCCUGAGCCACGAGGGGCAAACAUGAGUGAGCCCCGGUUGUCUCGGAGGCAGGUAAGCCCCCCAAAUGCUCAGAAGCCGUUUGUUCACUACCAGAGACACUGCAGGGAAUUGGAAUACAUCAGCAGCCCUCUCAAAAGUCACCCCCUGAGAGAGCUGAAGAAGAGUAAAGGAGUUAAAAGAAGCUUGAGCAGUCGCUUGCAGCGUCUUGGUCACCAGUCAACCCGCUCCGCGAAGAAACCUUACAAAUGUGAUGACUGUGGGAAAAGCUUCACAUGGAAUUCAGAACUGAAGCGACACAAGAGAGUGCACACAGGAGAGAGACCCUACACCUGCGGAGAGUGUGGAAACUGCUUUGGACGGCAGUCGACCCUGAAACUGCACCAGAGGAUUCACACUGGAGAGAAGCCAUACCAGUGCAGCCAGUGUGGGAAAAGCUUUCGCCAAAGCUCAAACCUCCACCAACACUAUAGGCUCCACCAUGGGAACUGAGGAGUGUUUCAAGCUUCACAGUCACAGGGAAGGGCUUCCUGUACCUCCUUCCCUACUGACAUGUAAAUCAGAUUACAUGACUUAACAGGGAAACCAAGUGGCCCUUGGGGAGUGAUGGUGUAUGCUUGGCUAGUGAGGAGCCCCAGAAAGGCUGUCCAGGACCCACUGCACAGAGUGACAGGGUGAAGAGAUGGCAGGUCUGGGUACUGGGGCAAAGAGUACUGCAGUAUCUGCAGAGAAUGGGGAAUAACUACUGAGGGAGAAUCAGGAUGACCCCAUAGGUGAUCCCCCCCACUGCUGUUACCCUCCUCCCCGCCCCCGUGGCAUUACUUAUCCUCUAAAUAUGUUAAAGGUGAAUUCCAUAGAGAGUUGUGCAUUUGCUGCCAUUCCACACCAUAUUUUCAUCUGCAUACUUGAGCAGUUCUCCACAAUUUCAAGGUAACAAACACUCAUUGGAAAAUGAAUCCCCUAGUACUCUUUCUGUAAAUGCCUAGCUGAUUAUAACAAAGAAUCUGAGUAUGUGCCUGUGUGCGAGGAGCAUUUCCAAGCCAGCACAUGGUGCUUUUAUCAAAAUAAAAAAGAGAUCUUUUAUAUCACACACCUUUGAUUUAGAAAAAGAAAUUCCACACAUCUGCAACAACCCUAACCCAGAAAACAGGGAAAAGCCAUGGUGAGGAGGAAGUGAUGGUUUAAGUGCUCAGAAAUGUAAGGGGGGUUCUGCCUGCUCUCCUUUGUUACCUAGGCCAUGAGCUUUAAAACUGUCAGAACCAGUGAAAGGAAAACAGUGUUUAAAACUGGAUUACAGUGAUGGCUGCACAACUCAGCGACUUUGCAAAAAGUUAUCAAAAUGAAUUAAUUUUAUGGUAUAUAAAUUGUCCCUUCAUAGCAUUUUUUUAAAUGACAAAAUAUAUUUAUAUAAAAUGUUAAGAGUCCCAGAACUAGGCCUGGGAGACCAUCUAAUUCCACCGCUUAUUUUCUCAAAGUAGAAAUUAAAACAGUGUAUAAUUCGAGGUCACCCCAGGCAAGCCAGCUUGCUCCUCAGUUUGAGGAGCCUUUUGGCAGAUUGGUGCACUGCCUCAUGCAGAAACAGGAGCAGGUAGCAGUCUUCCUGAAAUGUCAGUGUCCGAUCACUACCAUACAGGAGUCUGCCCCAAAGAAGCUUAUGUUCCUCUUAACUGCUAUGGGACGAGAGCACACUUGAGAGUCUUCGCUCAGCACCUUUACACACAUUGUUUCUUUACCUUUUAUUCCUGCUGCCUCCCACUCCGUCUUCCCUCCUCCAUCUCACAAGAGCUGCCUAUGCAAAUCCCAGGGAAAAAUUGGUUUGUAAUCAUGGGUCAGCUUCCUUGCUAGACUCCAUAAGCUGGGCUUGCUCAACCUGGCAGCAUUCUUGCCCUGCAGGGGACAUCUGGCAAUGUGUAGAGACAUUUCAGGUUGUUGUGACUCAGGGGAGGAAGGGUUCUCUUGGCCUCUAGCAAGUGGAGCUCACGAAUCCUCCAUGGCACAGGAAAGUGCCCACAACAGCCACCUGGCUGAGCAUGUCAGUGAUCCCAGGAUAGGGAAACUGCCAUUCACUCUUAGCAGACCUUUCAAGACAAGAACUGUGUUUUCCAUCAUUUCAGCUUUUGAACUUGGCCCAUGCUUAGUCAAAAGAAAUAAAUGUUCAGUAGUUGAGUAGUUGAGGCCCCAACCUCAGGGCCCAUACUUCUACCUGAAUUCAGAGAUCCUGGUGAUAGUUUAUCCAGAGACUUACAGAAAGUCCAGCUUUUUUGGCCCUGAAGGCUCUAAUCACAGAUCCCCUUCCCAACUGCUAUGUUAAGUCAUGGAAGGAUUUUAUCUUCAGCAUUCAGCCUGCUCCUCACCUCACUCCAUGCUGCAGCCUGUCACUAGCUAAAGGCUUUGCGUCUCACAUUCCCUCCUUUCCCUGCCCUUCUCCAGGCCAAAUGUAUGUUGUCUAUUAAUAACUUCCAAGUGCUGGUCACAUCUGUAUUAGUUACCCACUGGAGCUGUAACAAAGCCUACAAACUUAGUGGCUUAAAACAAAAGAAGCUUCUAUAGUUCUGGAAGUCAGAAGUCCAGAAUUGGUUUUACUCAGCUGAAAUCAAGCUGUGGUUGGGGCUGGGUCUUCCUGGAGAUGCUGAGAGUAAGUCUGUUUCCCUGACCUUUUCAGGUUCAGUAGUCACCUGCAUUCUGUGGGUUGUAACCUCUUCCUCCUUCUUCAGGAUGAAUCCCCCUCUCUUUCAUUAUGUUGCCUUCUUGGACACUGGCCCUCCUUCCUUCCUCUUAUAAGGACUGUUGUCAUAUUGGGCCUACCGGGAUGAUCUGAAGAUCCUUAAUAGUAUAUUCAAGGUCCCUUUUGCCAUAUAAGGUAACAUGCACAGGUGCCAGGGAUUAAGAUGUGGAUAUAUUUGGGGGGCCAUGUUUCAAGCUUCCACCCACCCAUAUCUGUGUUGAGUAAACUUGAUUGGUCAAAAAGGAUUUUCUGAAAGAGAAGGAACUUCCAGUUCUCUUAUUUAUAAAGGUAGGCAUAGGGAUUGUUCUUAAAAGAGUUUCUGCUGCUUGGCAUUUUUCCUCUCUUCAGAUUACCCGUUAGUAAUUGUCUAAUCUUCAUGUCUUUGGGUACCCGUUUAGUGGUGGACCUUGAAUAAAUGUGACAUAAUCACUGCUCUGAACACUAUUCUUUUCCAGAGUAUGUCAAGUCUGAUGCUGACUGACUUGUCCCGGACUCGUUUUCCUUUGGUAUAAGGUUCACCUCCAGGCAAGCAGUGGCAGGAAAGAUCAGGUGGCCUGGAAGAAGGCCCCUGGGUACUAUAUUCAUAUGGAGGGCUCCCCUUGGCUUCCUUGCCCAUGCAUAGUGCCCCAGAGCCUCAGCAGGACUCUGACCCACUAGCAUGCAUCCAGCUUCUGUUUAUAGCACCCCCGAAUAAUAAAAGGGCCUUUUUCCUCCCAUAUCCAGCCCUUGCCAUUAGAUUCUGCUAUCUUCUCCAUGCCCUGCCUAGCACCUGUCUGUGUCAGGGUGGAAGUAAAUCCUACUCCAGAUGUGUGGUCACUGUCACCCUCAGAGAGAUGAGGACAGUGUAUGGCCAUAACUCAUGAUGUGGGGUACCUACAUCAUAAACCUUUCUGAAGAGUAUUUUCCAUCUAUAGCAGAUGAGGACUUGUAAACCCAUCCCAUAAUACCAUUAUCACUCCCAUUAAAUUAGCAGCAACUCCUGAUUAUGACAGACACGUUGAAAUUUCCUUUGUUUCUAAAACAGAAAUGCUAUCUUUCUGCACAUACCAGAAAAUUCAUGUAAAGUGUACAGUUCAGUGAUUAUAGUGUAUUCAUGAAACUAUCACCACAGUCUAACUUUAGAACAUUUUCAACAGCCCAAAACAAAACCCUAAACCAUUAGCAAUUACUCUCUGCUCUGGCCCCAUCUCAAGAUCCUCUCCUUCAUUCACUGAGCAUAAUGUCUUCAAGGUCACCCAUGUUGUAUCAUUAGGAUUUUAUUCUUAUUGCCAACAAUACUCCAUUGUAUGAAUGGACCAUGCUUUGUUGGUCCAUUCAUCAUUAGUGGACAUUUGGGUUUUUACUUUAUGGCUGCUAAGAACAUUGAUACAUAAGCUUUUAUGUCUUUAUUUCUCCUGGGUGUAUAUCUAGAGGUGGAGUUUCUGGGUCAUGUGGUAAUUUUAUGUUUAACUCUUCUUGAAAGUACCAAAUUUUUCCAAGUGGCUGCAUCAUCUUACAUUCCUACCAGCAGUAUGUGAAGAGUCCCAGUUUCCCUAAUACUUAUUGUCUUUUUCAUUACUGCCAUCCUAGUGAGUGUGAAUUGGUAUUUUGUGAUUUUGAUUUUUGUUUCCCUAAUAACUCAUGAUGUUGGAAAUCUUUUCAUAUGUUUACUGGCCACUUGUAUACCUGCUUCGAAAAUAUGACUAUUUAAAACAUCUUCCCGAUUUUAAUUGGAUUGUUUUUAUUGUUCAGUUGUAAGAAUUCUAUAAAAAUUCUGGAAUCAAGUCCUUACAGAAAUGACUUAUAAACAGUCUCUUCCAUUCCA